AUGAACGUGAUAGCGUUAGCGAUCUUUGGUUCGUCGGUGUUCUCUGCGGCUUCUGGACACGGUCCAAACGAUUAUCGGGAAAGAAUCGUCUCGGAGUCAGCGAGAUCCCCGGAAUCCAGGAUUAUCGGAGGAGAGAGGACCGCCAUAGAGGAAUAUCCAUUUGCGGUCUCGUUGCAGAACAAUGGCACGUUUUUCGGCCACGAUGUCGAGCAUUUCUGCGGCGGCGGUAUCGUCGGGGAAAAGUGGAUAAUAACAUCGGCACAGUGCGCUCUCAGGAUACAAGUGAAACCGUUCCACGUGAGAGCAGGCUCGUCGAGUUAUUACGAGGACGGUGACAUUUAUGGUGUCCAAAGCGUCGUGAUACAUCCAGCCUUUAACGUAAUUAAUUACGACUACGACGUUGGUCUCGUUGAGCUCUCUCGGAGCAUAACAUUUGGCAGUACAAAGCAGCCCAUUAAAUUGCCCCGAACGCAUACAACUAUCACCGAAGGUUCCUUAGUUCGAGUUCCUGGUUGGGGUGCAGCCGAGUUUUUAGGUCCAGUUUCAGGACAACUUCUACUCACCACCAUGAAGAAAAUUAACAACGACGACUGUCAGGAUGCGAAUAACGGCGGCGUAUUGACGAACAGGAUGUUUUGCGCCCUAUCAGACGAAGCUAGACCCUGCGUCGGAGAUUCAGGCUCGCCUCUCGUUUACGAAAACACGUUAUUCGGAACAGCGUCGUGGAGUCGAUCCUGCCAGUUGGCAUAUCCGACCGCCUUUACAGCGAUCGCAGAAGUGAAAGAUUGGAUCAGCGGAGUAACCGGUAUAGCUUGA